AUGGAUUCAAGAGGGCAGGAUGACGAGACGCGUCAAGUACGGCGGAAACCAGUCCCCUCGUACGUUCCGCCGCUUGGGUACGACGAGGCCCUGCUGCUCUCAUCUGCGCAUACCCACGUCUACGAUUGGGAACAGGAGCUUGAGUCCACGGCACGCCCUUCCGACGAACCGCGAAGCACGGAGAUUGGAAGAGAUCUACCCUCCAAGUCAACCUUUGCGAGCGGCGAGACGGAAUACGAGCUGGUGAAGACAUCGAGCGCCGAGAAGACGAGGAACAACACAAGGCGGUCUCCGCGACGUCGAUGGCAGAUCCUGAAAGGGUGGUGGCCAGAGAUCAUAUGGUGCUUGAUCAGCGUUGUAUGCAUCAUUGUUCUCAUCUCGGUGCUGAGGUCGUACGACAACCAGCCACUGCCGAACUGGCCCCUUGGUCUGACGCUCAACACCGUCGUGGCCUUCAUCUCUACGUUCUGUCGCACGUCGUUCGUUCUUCCAGUCGUCGAAAGUCUAUCGCAGUACAAAUGGAACUGGUACAAGUCGCCGAGGCCAUUGGGCGAUUUUGCGGUCUUUGACGAGGCCAGUCGCGGGCCGUGGGGCAGCUUGAAGCUGCUGCUCAGGACGAAGGGCCGGCUAGUUGGAAUUCUCUCGGCUGUCAUAUUGGUUUCUGGGAUUGCGACCUCAACGCUGACACAAUCCGUUGUCACUUACCCUACUCGUCAGGUUGCGAUUCCCGGAAACGAGACCGCACUUACACGAAGGAACAAUGAGUACUUCUGGGCGACUGCCAACGGACCUUCUCGAAGUUCGUCAUCUAGCCCAAUUGAUACAUGUAUUUUCAAAGUUGACCUUUUAGCAGGAGAUAUCAUGUUCCCGAUCAACCAGAUUAUUCCUCGAAGUCUUUACACCCCACCUAACGAGGUAAUGCCAUAUUAUCAAGCUAGUUGCCGAUCGAACAACUGCACCUGGGACGACUUCACCUCACUUGCCAUAUGCGUUGACAUGAAGAAUGUCACAGACCUUCUCGAGACUGAUGGCGACCCCAUCGAAAUGGGCACGAACUCCACGCUUCCUAACGGCUUAAAGUUACAGAGAAGCUAUGGGUAUGGCAAUUUGAACAUCUCCAGCGGCCCGAGUCUAGCAUUCAACGGUACCGACGCCAUGGGAGCCAAGAUAUGGAACUUCUUCGUGAUUAACGGUCCCCGGCUACGAGCCACUGAGAUCAUGCUGCACUGGUGUGUGAACACAUACAGGGUCACAGUUCAGGACAACCUCCCCGUCACGCAAAAGGUCGCUUCCUACACGAAUCCGCAGACGGGAGAGGUGCUUGUGGAGACUUAUAACAUGACCAGCAACGUGACAUACUUGACAUCUCCAGACAACCCGGGCAAGAAAUAUGUGGCCGACGGGAUGGGACCUGCUGAGAUUGCUGCAAUUCUCGACUCGACUCUAUCGGGGACCUACAUUGACGGUGGUACAUACAUGUUUCAGAACGGGACCCAAAUCUAUGGGACAGCUUUAUCGCGAGCUGCAAUCGGUAUCAAUGAGACAACCGAGUCUCACAAGCUGGAUGACGCCCUGUUUACAACGCUCCGCAACCUUACUGAGAACAUUGCCAGUGGCCUCACGAAUGCUAACGUCAGCGGGACUGCGUGGCAGGAGGAGAGAUUCGUCUCGAUCCGGUGGCCUUGGUUGACGCUACUGGCGGCUCAGGUCGGACUCUCGAUUCUGACCUUGGCCAUCAUCAUGGCGGAGACUGCUAGUCUAGACAUUGAGAUUGUCAAGGGCUCGCCUCUCCCGGCACUCUUGGCAGUGCACCCAGAUGAGAAGAGUGUGCUACUAGGGGAUCAUGUCGAGGAAACACCCAACAAGGACAGCAGGCUACCGCACUUGAGGGCAUCAGGUAUUACCGGAGGGCUACGGAGAGACGGAGAGGACUGGGUUCUUCAGAGCAUCAAAAGAUAG